GCUGUUUCCACAUGUGUACUGAGAGCGUGUGCACGCUGAAUCAAAACACAACUGUUGUGGUGUUAUUUGAGCUUCAAAAGUACAGGCGUCCAUCAAGGGUUUAGUUAAAGCUGUAUAUAUGCAGCAUUCAGAUUUAUUGAGAGUAAAAUUGUUUACUUCCUCCUGUUUACAGUCCAUUUUUCAUCUUCCCGCCUCUUUCUAAACAAAAAUGUCCCAAGACAGUCAACAUGGCAAGUGGAGCAUAUCGGAUAGUGAAGAUGAGGACAACAUUAUUCCUCCAACACCUCAGAAAGAAUCAGUUAAACCAGAUUCGCAAAGCAAACCCAAAGAGACCCCCACAUUCCUCAAGCAGGAGCCUAAGCUGAGUCCAAAACGCAAUGAGAAUUCAGUGAAAGCAGCAUCCGCUCCCUCUAUGGGAUCUGAAGCUAGAAAAUCAGCACAUGCGAAUCAAGCUAAUCCUGUAAAAUAUGAAAGCAAUGCUUCCCCUGCUGUAAAGAGAAAGAGAGAAACUGAGGAAGGGGGCUGGAACCUCUCCAGCAGUGAUGAUGAAACUCCUGCUCCAAAAAAUGAACCUAAAAAAAUAAAUGUAAGUCCUAAGAAGAAGAAGAAAACUGAAGACAAGCGUCCUCCAAGCCCCCACGGCACUAGUUAUUAUAAAGAAGAGCCAGCUGAUUUCUUUGAGACCAACUUAAUGUCUACAAAUGACAUGUAUCGUUUUUAUUUAAACAAAGUCACUGGGAUACCGAAAAAAUACAACACUGGUGCACUGCAUAUCAAAGAGAUACUUUCUCCAAUGUUUGGAACAUUAAAAGAGUCUGUACAGUUUAAUUACUGCUUUGACAUCCCAUGGAUGGUGGAGCAGUAUCCGCCAGAAUUUAGAAACAAACCAGUCAUGCUUGUUCAUGGAGAAAAGAGAGAGUCCAAGGCUCGCUUAAUUGAGCAAGCCAAACCAUACCCACAUAUUAGCUUUUGCCAGGCCAAACUGGACAUUGCAUUUGGCACACAUCAUACGAAAAUGAUGCUGCUUUGGUACGAGGAGGGAUUUAGAGUCAUCAUUCUUACCUCCAACCUCAUCCGAGCCGAUUGGUACCAGAAGACACAGGGGAUGUGGAUGAGUCCGGCUUACCCCAGGCUGCCGCAGGGAAGUCCGGGGGAACAGCGGGAGAGUCGCCCACCAGCUUCAAAAGAGGACCUGCUGGAAUACCUGGAAGCGUACCGGGCUCCAGAGCUCGGAUGGAUCGAGCGCAUCAAACAGCAUGAUCUGUCAGAACACAAGGUGAGAAUCUUUACAGAUGACAUGAGCAGGGUAUAUCUCAUUGGUUCAACUCCAGGAAGAUAUCAAGGACCUGCUAUGGAGAAAUGGGGCCAUCUAAGAUUGCGAAAAUUGCUCAGUGAGCAUACGCAACCCUCGCAGAACGAAGAGCGAUGGCACGUGCUUGGCCAGUUCUCAGCAUUGGCUCCUGGCCUUGAUAAGACUAAAUGGUUGGCAGCCGAGUUCCAGCGCACUCUGACCACACUGGGGAAGGCAGGGAAAUCAUUACCCAGUCCAGAAACACAGAUGCUCCUGAUAUACCCAUCUGUGGGAAAAUGUAAGAAACCAGUUUUGGAGGGCUAUCCAGCCGGAGGAUCUUUACCUUACAGCAUACAGACGGCACAAAAACAGCUCUGGCUUCAUUCUUACUUCCAUGGCUGGCAUGCUGACGUUACUGGAAGGAGCAACGCAAUGCCUCACAUUAAAACCUACAUGAGGGUUUCACCGGACUUCACACAACUGGCAUGGUUUCUUGUCACAAGUGCCAAUUUAUCAAAAGCUGCCUGGGGCGCCCUGGAGAAGAAUAACACUCAGAUCAUGGUCCGCUCCUAUGAACUGGGGGUCCUCUACCUGCCAUCUGCCUUUAACAUGAGCACAUUUCCAGUGGAGAAGAAUGUGUUUCCGGCCUCCAGCUCCUCUAUUGGCUUUCCUGUGCCAUUCGACCUCCCGCCUCAGCGUUACACAAGUAAAGAUCGGCCUUGGAUCUGGAACAUUCCAUACACUCAAGCACCAGACACUCAUGGAAAUGUAUGGGUGCCUUCUUGAGCCGCUGGGACCAUCUGAACGAGAUCGCAUUAACAUGGAAAUCAGAUCAUCAGGAUCUCUUUCUGGGUCUGUUCAGUUCGUCUUUAUGAGGUUUAAAAUGACUUGCUUUUACCUUUGAUAUCAGUAGUUAGAUAUACACCAUAAUAGUGUUAUGGUUAUAGUUAUAAAUACAAUAGUGUAUAGUUAUUACUUAAUAAAUUGCUUUUUGUAAAACAAAAUAUAUAAUAAAAUACAGCCAGAAAACACUGAACUAUGUAAUCUUUUUUUUUUUUAUCAGUAGCAGUGUUCUCCUUUGUCUUAAAGGGGCUGUUUGUAAGUUUUUGACUCUUUUAAGGGCCGAGACACACCAAGCAAACACCAAGCACCAAACAGCAAGGCAAACAACUAGCAUCAAUGAAACCCAACUGUGUUGUUGCCUCACAUCUGGAUCAAAUAGCUGUGCGUAAACACAUCAAACAGACAAAAGCCAACUGAAAUGAGAGCCACAUUCUGUGUUUCCACACCGUGGGCACCAGUAGUCUGUUUUAGCAUUCUGCAAAAGGAAAUCGAACUUCCGAAGCAUACAGACAAAUUAAAUGGUGCGUUCGACUUCAUGCAGCACUGCGCAGACAGAUCAAAAUCUGUCUUAAAGCGGUGCAUGUUGGUCACCGCUGCGCCGAUGCCAAGUGAGUAUCACAUGUGGCAUUAAAGUACCCGCGACGAUUGAUUUAGCUGGUGCAGCAUCUGAAACAGGACUUCAGGAGCUCUGAUGAUGACACCGAUAUUACACGAUUGGCUGAGUUCACGGCAUGACAACAACCACAUGUGUUUCGGGUUUAUUAUUAAAUAACUUCCGUCUCACAAACUUUCUUCUCCCUAACUUUUUUAUGCAAUCUCUAUCUUGUGUACCUCAUGCUUAUUAAAAGACCACAAAUAUUUUACUGCAGUAUCAGUAUACUAAACAAAAUACUAAAUCAGUAUUUUGUUAAAUAAUUUUUUUACUGAUCCUUUACUGUAUUACAGCUCCACAUAUGAUUUAAAUUAUAUAUUUUUAGUGAAUAAACAAAUAUCAACUCAAAUAAGUCUUACAGACUUGUGAUAUAAAGGGUUCGUACGGUCAUGAAAAGCCUGGAAAAGUCAUGGAAUUUUGAAAUGCCAUUUUCCAGACCUGGAAAAGUUUUGGAAAAACUGAAAAACCCAGCAAGUUUUGGAAAAGUCAUGAAAAUUAGUUUAACAAAUAUCUGUAUACUUAAGUAUAGGUUAGUCGUCUUUACUUUUCUGUUUAUGG